AGUCAGAGCAAACGAGCGCUGACAGAGAAUGGACAGAGAAUGGCUCGACUGGAACUAAUCAUUGUUUUUGCUCUUCUGUUUGAAGUGGGCUACAGUCAAGAAGAGCUCUAUCCCUUCUACCACCCUGAUCAAGAUGUCGCUCUGCCCUGUGGCAUUCAAAAUCAACCUCCACAGUGCUCCGGGAUUUCAUGGCUUUAUAAGAGAAAUUCAUCAGGGACUUUUUCUGAGGCAAAGGAUGGAAAGAUUGAGAAGACGUCACCCCGAGCUGACAGGCUGAGUUUAGACUCAGACUGCUCUUUGGUCAUUAAACACAUCACUGCUGAGGAUGCUGGUUUCUACGCGUGUCAGCUGGAACAGGAGUUCAAGUUUUAUGUCCUUGUGUUUCUAAGUAUUCUGACAGUCUCUCAGCUUCCAGCAGACUCUGAUCAAACGAGGAACAGUGAAGUCACAUUAGAGUGCUCUCUGUUGACAUACAACAAUCGUCGCCCUUGUCAACCAAACGGCCUCCACUGGUUGGACGAGACAGGAACUGAGGUUACUGAAGGUGUCCAAAAGCUUUCCAGAGGUACAGACUGCGUCUCUCAUCUGAAGGUGAAGAAUCAGAGUGGAGACAACAGGAAAUUCACCUGCCAGUUUGUUCAGAGGAAUAAAGUGGAGAUACAGGCUGACUACCCACCUGACCUCACAGAUCCUGAUCCUGGUUCUAAUCCUGAUCCUGGUUCUAGUCCUGAUCCUGGUUCUAAUCCUGAUCCUGGUUCUAAUCCUGAUCCUGGUUCUAAUCCUGGUCCACCAACUAAAGUGGGCAACAGUCAAGAAGAGCUCUAUCGCUUCUACCACACUGAUCAAGAUGUCACUCUGCCCUGUGGCAUUAAAAAUCAACCUCCACAGUGCUCCAGGAUGUCAUGGCUUUAUAACAGAGAUACAUCACAGACUUUAACUGAGGCAAGCAGAGAAAAGAUUAACGAGGAGUCACUCCGAGCUGACAGGCUGAGUUUGGACUCAGACUGCUCUUUGGUCAUUAAACACAUCACUGCUGAGGAUGUUGGUCGCUACACGUGUCGACUGGAGCAGCAGUUAGAGUUUGAUGUCAAUGUGUAUCUAAGUCUUCUGACAGUCUCUCAGCUUCCAGCAGACUCUGAUCAAACGAGGAACAGUGAAGUCACAUUAGAGUGCUCUCUGUUGAGAUACAACAAUCGUCCCCCUUGUCAACCAAACGGCCUCCGCUGGUUGGACGAGACAGGAACUGAGGUUACUGAAGGUGUCCAAAAGCUUUCCAGAGGUACAGACUGCGUCUCUCAUCUGAAGGUGAAGAAUCAGAGUGGAGACAACAGGAAAUUCACCUGCCAGUUUGUUCAGAGGAAUAAAGUGGAGAUACAGGCUGACUACCCACCUGACCUCACAGAUCCUGAUCCUGGUUCUAAUCCUGAUCCUGGUUCUAAUCCUGAUCCUGGUUCUAAUCCUGAUCCUGGUUCUAGUCCUGAUCCUGGUUCUAAUCCUGAUCCUGGUUCUAAUCCUGGUCCACCAACUAAAGUGAGGUCUGACAAUCGAGAACAUCUCUAUCGCUUCUACCACCCUGAUCAAGAUGUCACUCUGCCCUGUGGCAUUAAAAAUCAACCUCCACAGUGCUCCAGGAUGUCAUGGCUUUAUAACAGAGAUUCAUCACACACUUUAAUUGAGGCAAGCAGAGGAAAGAUUGAGAAGACGUCACUCCGAGCUGACAGGCUGAGUUUGGACUCAAACUGCUCUUUGGUCAUUAAACACAUCACUGCUGAGGAUGUUGGUUUCUACACGUGUCGACUGGAGCAGCAGUUCGAGUUUGAUGUCAAUGUGUUUCUAAGUCUUCUGACAGUCUCUCAGCUUCCAGCAGACUCUGAUCAAACGAGGAACAGUGAAGUCACAUUAGAGUGCUCUCUGUUGAGAUACAUCGAUGGUCGCCCUUGUCAACCAAACGGCCUCCACUGGUUGGACGAGACAGGAACUGAGGUUACUGAAGGUGUCCAAAAGCUUUCCAGAGGUACAGACUGCGUCUCUCAUCUGAAGGUGAAGAAUCAGAGUGGAGACAACAGGAAAUUCACCUGCCAGUUUGUUCAGAGGAAUAAAGUGGAGAUACAGGCUGACUACCCACCUGACCUCAUAGAUCCUGAUCCUGGUUCUAAUCCUGAUCCUGGUUCUAAUCCUGAUCCUGGUUCUAAUCCUGGUCCACCAACCAAAGCCUCACUCUGGUCUUCUCUGAGCUACAUCAUGCUGGCUCUGCGUUUUUCAGCUCUCAUCUUAAUGAUCGUGACCACAGCUUUGGUCUUCAGCCUCAGAGGCUACAUCAAAUCACUGCACAAAGGAAACAAUGUGCAUGAGGAAGAUGAUGAGGAUGUCAUCGAACUCACCUAUGAAAAUGUAGAAGCACGCCCUCCUGCUGCUGAAGUGCACUGAUCAACAACUUCUGGAUCAACUUUAACUCACAAGAACGUUGAGCGUCAUCGGAGUCAUUCUUCUGAUCGAUCCAAGCUUUGAGUUAAAAUGACAUGAAUGUGAUUUUAGUGGCUAUUUGUCCAAGAAAUGUUAAUAACGUUUAAAUCAAACAUGAUCAGACGGUCACUGAGGCACAGCAGGGAUGUGCUGUACGCAGACAAAAUAAGUUUUUGUCCAUGCAAGGGAUCAACAUUUGUACAUAAUUUUAUCCAAAAUCAAGCAAGCAAUCAAAAAAAGAAAAUCAUGGCUCCUGCUGCUUUAAACCAUGGGCCCACCCAGGUGCAUGCUGGUCCUCUAGAGCUGCAAAUCUACCUACAGUAUAUAACCUCAGGUGCCUACAGUGUUACCCGAUCACCAAGCAAAACAAAACAUAGAAAUGAUGCAACAACAAAACAUACUACACAAAUAGCAGGCAAAAGUAC